AUGAGCGAUUUCCAAACUUGGUACAAACAAGUGCCACCUUUUACGCGGAUUUGGCUGACGGCAACUGUCGGUAUUUCAUUGCUGGCCAAAAUUGGUCUCCUGCCCGUGGGUUAUCUCAUCUUACAGUACGCACCGUUAUUCUACAAACUACAGCUAUGGAGGCCCAUGACCGCUGUGCUAUUCUAUCCACUAAAUCCAGGGACCGGGUUUCAUUUUAUGAUGAAUUGCUUUUUCCUGUACAAUUACUCAUUACGGUUAGAGUCGGAUCACUAUAAACAAAAACCGGGAGACUAUUUCUAUAUGCUUUUCUUCAACUGGAUCCUGUGCGUCAUCGUUGGUCUAGUGGUGGAGUUACCCAUCCUAAUGGAUCCGAUGGUGCUGUCGGUUUUAUACGUAUGGUGCAAGCUAAAUCAGGAUAUGAUCGUUAGCUUUUGGUUUGGCAUGCGUUUCAAGGCAAUGUACCUACCGUGGGUGCUUCUCGGCAUGAAUAUGAUACUGUCUUCAGGAAGCAUAUUUUCGCUUGUGGGGAUCUUCGUUGGACACGCUUAUUACUUCUUGAAGUUUAGCUAUCCAGGCGAACUCGGUGGACCAAGUCUGAUUGAAACGCCAUUCUUCAUCAAACGCUACUUUCCCGAUGUGCAGGGUGGCACCCAUGGGUUCGGAGUGCCACCGGUCGGCCAACGUCCGGUGCCACAACAACAGCAACAGGCCGAUAUGGCUGGGUUCCGCCACGCGUGGGGUCGCGGUCAAACGCUGGGACGUAAUUAG